AUGACGUCUCUCGUCUCUCGGCCGCGGCCACGCCCUGCCCACACUCAGGGGCCUACGCACUGCGCCUACACGCCGGACGGUUCUAAGCUCGUGACGGUCGGGUCCAACAACACAAUCCGCCUCUACAAGACGGGCUUUGACGGCGAGCCCGCAAACAUUGAUGAGUGCCAAGAGCAGAACCUCGCCGUGUCUACUGGCAACGACUUUUUUGUCGCUGGCUCCGAAGACGGCACCGUCAGCCUCUACUCGCUCGACACGAACCAGUUCGACCGCUUCCUGCUACGCACUUCGUUGCCUGUCCGCGAUGUUGCCCUCUCACCCGAUAACCAAUGGUGUGCUGUAGCUAGUGACGAGCUCACCGUCAGGCUGGUCAACGUCAAAGACAACACACACUUGCGCACGUUGAAGGAACAUGGGAAGCCCACAAAGCAUCUCUCGUUUGAUCCUCGCGGGUCCUUGCUUGCGCUCUCGUGCAUAGACGGCGUCAUUUAUAUCUACUCCCUGACUGCGGAUCAUCCCGAGCUGAUUCGCAAAGUCGACAGCGUCAUUGGCAGGGUCGAGACCGAGGCCGACGCCUCGUCAAAGGUCGCCUGGCACCCUGAUGGACGUGCCUUUGCUGUGCCCACGCCCACGAGAGAUAUCCAAGUCGUGUCCAAGAAUGACUGGGAGAAGCAGCGCGUUUUCUCAAACGGGCACGACGGGGUUAUCACUGCACUUGCCUGGUCUCCAAACGGCGCGUUGCUCGCCUCGGCCGCCAAGGACAAGCAACUGCUGAUCUGGUCCACCAGCGACCAGACGGUCGUUGCCAGGUACGAAUACCCCAAUAUCAUUGACAUUGCCUGGCAUCCGACCAAGAAUCUGCUCUCUUUUACCACGUCAGACGGCGAGGUCUUCAUCUGCCCCCACUUCAUCUCUGAGCAGUUUUCGUCCCUCCUCCGUCUUCCCAAGCAGCCCGCCCCUUUCAUCCACGACCCUUUGGCAGAGAUAUCUGCCAAUGGCCAGAAGUCCGACGCCAAUGGUCACAAGCCCGCGCCAAACGCGCGGCAGAACUCGCUGGAGAGCCUAGACAACUUGCUCGACGAGAACUACGGCGACUUGGAUGACGACUUUGUCGUUGACGACGACGGCGCUGGCUACACGCUCAAUGUCGGCCAAAAGCGCCCCGCCGAGGACGAUGGCAUCUUUGCGGACCACCCCCAGAAGCGCGGAAAUUUCCUCCAACCGCAGCACCACAAGCCUUUUCAGCCUGGCUCAACUCCGUGGCGCGGCAACCGCAAGUACCUUUGUCUGAAUUUGGUCGGGUUUGUGUGGACCGUGGACCAGGACUCGCACCACACGGUGACCAUCGAGUUUUACGAUCACGAAUUCCACAGGGACCUCCACUUUACCGAUACCUUUCUCUAUGACAAGGCCUGUCUGAACGACAAGGGUGCUCUCUUUUCCUGUCCUCCCAAGGACGACGCCCCUGCUGUUGUAUUUUACCGCCCCCAUGAAACCUGGACGCAGCGGAGCGAUUGGAGAACGCAGCUCCCCCAGGGCGAAGCUGUGCUGGCGAUGUCGCUCAGCGACUCCUUUGUGACCGUUGUGACAGCCCAGUAUGUGAGGGUGUACACGCUGUUUGGCAUUCCCUAUCGGGUCUACCGGCCCAAAAGCAUGCCUGUUGUGACGUGCGCCAGUUGGCGAGACUAUGUCCUUACCAUGGGUAACGGGCCAGUCGGCGCCGAUGGCAUGUCUAAACUCUUCUACAGCAUUCAGAACAUCAAGCGAGAUGAGAUCUGCCAGAACGAGGAUAUAGUAGCUUUACCAGAAGGCGCUAUGGUCCAGAGCGUUUUCUUCUCAGACAGCGGCGAUCCGUGUAUAUAUGACUCGACAGGAACGCUGCUGACGCUCCUGCACUGGCGCCAUCCGUCCCGUGCGUCGUGGAUUCCGCUACUUGACACAAAGCUGCUGCCGCGCCUGGCCUCGGGACGGAAACACGAAUCAUACUUUCCUGUAGCUGUCGCUGACAACAAGUUCCACUGCAUCAUUCUCAAGGGCGGAGACAAAUAUCCGUACUUCCCGAGACCACUCUUGUCCGAUUUUGAGUUUUCCAUCCCACUCAGCUCUGCUCAGGCUCGGAAAGGCAAGAAGAAGGAGAAGAAGAAAAAGCACAGAAAUGGGCUUGACGACGAAGACCUAGAAAUGAUCAAUGGCAGCGACGGCGGCGAGGAAUCGUCAGACGACGAAGAGGAAGAAGACGAGACCCAAGGCGACGAAUCCGCCUCGGAGUCCAAAAAACUCGAGCAGGCUUUCCUGCUCAGGGGCCUGCAGGCCACGCAGCUCGCCGACCUUAUCGAUGCCACCACCAGCUCGGCCGGCCAGCGCAACGCCCUCGCAAAGCUUGAGCUUGAAAUCGACAAGGCCCUCCUGCAGAUUCUCGCAGUUGAGUGCCGCGAGGGCGAGGACCGCGGCAUGCGUGCCCUCGAGGUUGUUCAGCUCAUGCGCGACCGCUCCGGCCGCAUGAUUGAGGCGGCCGGCAAGGUUGCCGACCGCUACGGUAGGACCGUUCUCGGCGAAAAGAUUCGCGAGGUCGGCGAGCAACGUGUCAGUGGCCGCGGCGGCGCAUUUGGAGAAGACGACGACGACGAUGACUUCCCCUGA